AUGCUCCGAAUCGCACGACAAAAUCUCCCAUGGCGCAUCCUUGGCCGCGCGUCGUACUCCGCAACUCCUUCUCCUCCUCGACCUCCCGUUCGACCCGCACCUCCCGGCCCCGUCCCCGUCGACGACCUCUGCAUCCCCCUCGAGCCGACCUACUCACUCUCAGACUACCUUCCCGCCGACUCGCCUUCCCUCCCGCGCGAAACCCUCCUCAAGCUGCACAAACUCGCGGCUCUGCAGCCUCCAACGACGGAAGAAGGAUGGAAGCAGCUCGAAGCGCUCGACGAGCUCGUUGCUGUCGUGCAGGCUGUACGAGACGUCGAUACGAGUGCGCUCGGGCUCGAAGCGGGCGAGAUGGUCGAUGCGAGGGUGAGGGCGGAGCCUGAACCGGUCGACUUUGACUUGCCUCGACUGGCGAAGGACGAAGACGAGGUCGGCGGGCAAGCGCUGUUGAAGCUUGCGUCGCGGACGGAGGGAGCGUACUAUGUUGCGCCUAUGCCGGAGAAUGUACGGACCAAGAAGCGCAACUCGACGAGCGAGGUUCUCGACGAGGACGAGCGCCGGACCUACGAAGCCCCGCGAAACAGCCGCGAAUCGCCGUGGUAG